CUCCCUUGGGUUGCUUGCACUACGACUUGGAACGGACCUUGCACAACGCCCAUCCAUUGCGACUCUCUUGGAAUUGAUUACAUCACGAAUCAACGAUCUUUCUCAGUGAAUUUGGAGUUGGGAUUGUUUGAGGAUAUUUAUCGUCACCUGGGAUACACGUAUCGCACUCAAAAUGGCGACAACACCACCACCGCCUUCCAGGCUACGGAUGCCUCCUACCCCUCGACAUGGUGCCAAAUAUGACGACUAUGAGCCUUAUUCCACGCGUUUUUCGGCCAGACUAGCUAGCCAGCGCUCAUCUAGGGAGUCUCAGACUACUCCCCCGCCCAGUUUCCCGUCUACGCGCGAAAGCUCGAAGUUGCCGAAGAAACAGCACGCACCUGAAUCAGCGACAUUAUCACCACCAGGCUCUGCGCAAAUCUCCCCUCGGAAGCAAAAGUCGGGCCGAUUUGCCGGAACACAUUCACUACAGUACUCUACUCUAGACGACGCUGACCCUUUCAACACCGAACCUUCUCACACUCAUCCCCCGCCGUUUCUUCGCCCCACACUCACCGAAGGGAUGCUUCCGACACCAGCCAAAACGCCGCGGAAGAAGGCUGUCGCUGAUGUUGGGAGUACGGCCAGAGUUCUCUUUCCCCCGCCUCCCAGCUCCAGCUCACGGCGGAAGUCUAAGAAACACACAGGCUUCUCGCUAGACAGCUUCACUGAAGAUCACGGCCAGAGCGGGACAGAGAUCAAGAUUUACACUGAUUCCCGCGACCGGGUUCCAGAGCUGGAUGAGAGUGAAGGCAACCCGUUCUACAAGAAGCCCAGUAGUAACACAAGCACCCGCACCUCUCGACGCAAAGAGAUGGCCCGUGACAAGGAAGUCAAUGAGUCGGUCAAGCGUGAAGACGGCAUGUUCUACGUCUUCCGCGGCAAGAAAUUGUUCCGCAAAUUCACAGAUGACGUUGAAAGUUGUGAUGAAGACGAUGACGAUGAUCUGGGUCUGCUAGCGGCCCGCCCAGAUCUCAUCGAUGAGUCUCUGACUGCAAGCCUUCGACCUCUCACACGCUCAUCGAUCAAGCCUCGCGUGCUCUUCCGCUCCGCGGCAUCUGAGGAGCAGCAAGAUAGCACGGGCGAUGCGGACGAAGAAGCAGCGACCGAUAUCGAUGAACAUGUGUUCGACACUGAGGCUGAGGAGACGGAGGACGCUGAUCUCGAUCAUGACAUAGUGCAGCGGCCAGUUACGCCUCCACUCAAGACUACCACAACAACACCCCCGUCUCCCGGCGGCACAGUACGCUCCCUGCGCACUCGAGGCAAACGAGAUGACACAGAGCAGGGCGAAACCCCGUCCACCUCGGGUCCCGAAACCAAGAGGAAGCGUGUUAAUCCUUUCGAUGGCUGGCUCCGAAGGAAGCAAACUCCCGCUGUGAUCGGAACUAAAGCUAAGAAGCGUGACGCGGACGCUGCUGCCAGUCCUGGUGGUCCGGCUCCGAAGAAAACCCGUGGCAAUCGCGCUACUGCGUCAAUAUCGUGACGAGGUGUCACAGGGUGACCGAUACAACGUUUCAGGAGCAGGCUCAACUUCCACUCAACCUUCUUAC